UUACAUUUGCAUGCUAAACAUAUAAGACCGUUCUAGUAAUUUACUUAUCAGUACCACGUGAAAGCAUCAACAAUCGCGACCGCUGCAUGACACGUCGUCUGUCUAUACGAUCAUAUAAAUCGACUACAGUGGCCUACUAACACUUUCAGCUAGCUAAGCACACGGAACAAUUCGGACAAUAUUUCCAGGUCUAGCAUUCAGGAAGAACUCGGGGAUAUCAACAUGAGUACAUUCACGGACUACAACUCUGUUUCGACUAACUACGAUUACGGUCGGGAGGCUACUGGGGCGGAAUACUACAUCGGUGCACUGCUGACCAGACUGGAGAUACCUCUCAAGGACAUACAUGUUCUUGACGCCGGCUGCGGCACGGGGAACUAUUCCAAAAUGUUGCUGGAUCGUGGCGUUGGUAAGGUGACGUUACUCGACGGCAGCGAAGGUAUGCUGGCACAUGCUAAGAAAAAGUGCGAGGGGCGAGGCCUUGCUGAGACGAAGCACCACGUCCUGCCUACCCUUCCGUUCCCGGCGAGUUCCUUUGAUUGUGUCAUGUUCAAUAAUGUCCUGCAUCAUUUGGAGUCACCAGGUGAGGAGCUGCAAGCCCCAAAAGCUCUGGCGGAAGCUUUCAGGGUCCUCAAACCAGGCGGGUUGUUGAUUAUCUUCAACCUGAUGAACCACCAGUUUGAAAAAGGAUUCUGGUUUUCUCGGUUCCUGCCAGCACCAAUGCAGCGUUACAAAGACGGUUUACCCAAAACAGAGAUAUAUCUUGAGGCGUUGAAGAGUAUAGGAUACGACAAUGAACAAGUCAUGGUGCCCCUUAACCUGCUGCUCGCCCCUAAGGUCUACUUCGAUGAGGAGGGCCCGUUGAAACAAGAGUUCCGAAGCACGCAUUCCUUCUUUAGUAUGACGUCACCGGAAGAGCUCAAACAAAUUCAGGAGAACCUGUCAGAGUUGAAGCGGAUUGGUCAAUUAAAGGAUUACGUCAGAGAAAUGGACAGGGAACGGGUUUUAGUCGGCCAAUCAUGCUUCUUCUUUGCAACGAAGCCACAAACGAACUCUAUCAUGUAGACACCUAUUAGUACUGAUAAAUCAUGCAGCAACUUAUAAGUAUAAUGGCAAGCACGCAAGCACCAAGAAAUCAUGUAGAAACUUUAAGUAGGCCUACUGAAAAGCACCAAGAAAUCAUGUAGAAACUUGUUAGUACCGAUACUGCAAGCACCAAGAAUUAAAGAAAAAAACAAGAACGUGCCAGAAUUUAACAAACCUCCACUAUUACAAAAAAUACAACCAAAGCGACGUCUUGGCUAUGACAGGAGAACUUAAAUCUCGUGCUUUACGAUCGCGAUGUCAUGUAUUAUGUCCGAUGAUUUUACUCACUCAGAAGCCUGAAGUACUGGGCACGAUCGAGGAUUAAACAAAUUAUUCAAUUUCA